AUGAAAAACGGAUGACCUAGAGUCGGGUUUGUGAGGGCGUGCAGGACAAAGAAGCAGGAAGAGAAUGAACCCAGAGACGAAGCUGAACGCCAUAAGAUCAGGGAUUGUGGUGAUCGGCGCAUUAGCUUUUGGCUAUCUAACUCUAGAGAUUGGUUUCAAGCCCUUUCUCCAUAAAGCUCAACAGCACCAACAACAAGAAGCAGCUGUCCGAACAGAAAAUACCCUAACCCAUCAUGACCCCCAGUAAUUUCCAGUUUAACAGAAGAUUUUUGUGAUAGAUUGAUAGUUGUGAGAAUAGACGAGAUGAUGAAGAAGAAAAUUGGUGGGAGCUUUGGGAUCGAAGGCGAAGAAUGGCUGUGGCACAAGUUCUUUGUCAUGUUGUACAUGCCAUCUGUAUGCUCCGUGUAUAUUACCACACACAUUUUGAUGAGUCUGCAACAUCACCGAGGGACAGAAAGCGAAAGGCUCGAACAUGGGAAAGGAAAUUUAAGAGCAUCAAGGAAGCUAUUAAUGAUGUUGCAGAGGCAAUCAGGGAGGGCAAUGCUAUUGUUGAGAGGGCUAGACAACAUGUUCACUCUGAGAGGGAAGUUUAUGCAGAACUUGUGAAGAUAGGAGUUGAGAGGCACUUAAGGUACACGGCCUACAGUUUCCUUACUCAAGAUCCUUCAAGGGUAAGAGCGUUCUUUGGUUGCCCAGUUAAUGAACGGAAGGAUUUUUUGCUACAGAUGCUGUAUGGACCUUAGGAUCGGUAAUGGAUUCACAAGUUAUUUGAUAUUGCUCAAUAGGAAGUUCUUUUUGUACUCAGAUCUUUUUAGGCAUUUAUUUCCUUUGUUCACGCUAAGCUUCAUGUUCUUCCUCCCCCACUCUUUUUGCCAUUUGGUCGACAGCAGAACUUAUGUUUUGCCAUUGGACGACUUAACUGAUACUUGAAGCUUAUCUUUAAGUUUAUGAUUGUUCCUUUCUUGUUU